AGCAGAGAGGCACAGCAGCAGCAGCAGCAGCAGCAUCAUCCCAGCUAACAAACAGUACCUCACCUAUCUCCCACCACCAGCGAGGUGUUUUCUCACUGAGCAUCCUCCAAAAAUAACGAGAUAAAAGAUAAGAUGGCCACCUCCUCCUCCACUCUGGAAGAAGACGAGAGUUUGAAGGGCUGUGAAAUUUUUGUGCAGAAGCACAACAUCCAGCAGAUCCUCAAAGAGUGCAUUGUGAACCUCUGCAUCGCUAAGCCUGAGCGUCCUAUGAAGUUCCUGCGGGAGCAUUUUGAAAAACUGGAGAAGGAAGAAUGCAAGCAAAUCAUGGCACGUCAGAAAUCUAACAGCCAGUCAGAUUCACAUGAUGAUGAGGUUUCUCCCCCACCACCCAACCCGGUUGUCAAGGCCCGGCGCCGCAGGGGAGGGGUCAGCGCCGAGGUCUACACUGAAGAGGACGCUGUCAGCUACGUACGCAAGGUGAUCCCAAAGGACUACAAGACCAUGACUGCCUUGGCCAAGGCCAUCUCCAAGAAUGUGCUGUUUGCUCACCUGGACGACAAUGAGAGAAGUGACAUAUUUGAUGCCAUGUUCCCGGUCACUCACAUUGCAGGAGAAACAGUCAUCCAGCAAGGCGAUGAAGGAGACAACUUCUAUGUGAUUGACCAAGGUGAAGUGGACGUGUACGUGAACGGCGAGUGGGUGACCAGUAUUGGAGAAGGAGGUAGUUUUGGAGAGCUGGCCCUGAUCUAUGGAACUCCCAGAGCUGCCACCGUCAAGGCCAAGACCGAUCUAAAACUGUGGGGCAUCGACCGAGACAGCUACCGGCGUAUCCUCAUGGGUAGCACACUGAGGAAGAGAAAGAUGUAUGAAGAGUUCCUCAGCAAGGUCUCCAUCCUUGAGUCCUUGGAUAAGUGGGAACGUUUGACUGUGGCCGAUGCCCUGGAGCCCGUUCAGUUUGAGGAUGGAGAGAAGAUAGUGGUGCAGGGAGAACCUGGUGACGACUUCUUCAUUAUCACAGAGGGAAUAGCCUCUGUUCUGCAGCGCAGGUCUGACAAUGAGGAGUAUGUGGAGGUUGGACGCCUCGGACCCUCUGACUACUUUGGUGAAAUUGCCCUGCUGUUGAACCGUCCCAGGGCAGCCACCGUAGUCGCCCGUGGUCCGCUCAAGUGUGUGAAGCUGGACAGGCCUCGCUUCGAGCGUGUGCUGGGGCCUUGCUCAGAGAUCCUCAAGAGGAACAUCCAGAGAUACAACAGCUUCAUCUCUCUCACCGUGUGACAGGCCGGCCCUUCUGGGCCCCACCAGCAGGGGUGGGCAACAUCAGCAUCAGAGUUUUGGUUGAUGGGUGGGAAGGGGUGACGAUUUGGGGUAAAGGACAUGGGUUUUACAUCUACAAUAACAGGGCGCUCAUUUCCUGCCUCUUUUUUUCCAUUUUGCGCAUUUCUUUCUUUUGAUCUUGUGCACUUUGACUUGACCUGUGCUGUCACGUAGCUUUAUGUCAACAACAACAUGCAGGAGUGUGAAAUUCAGAGCGAGGACAGAGAUCAUUCAGCUCAUUAUAUUCUGAGUCAUAUAUACAGUGUGUCAACUGUAUAUGAUGCAUGCUUCUAGACUGACAAAGAACGGCGUUUGCACUUUUGUGAAUUUAUGAAACGUAUGGAGGAAUUCAGGAAAUAAGAAGGAAGUAAAAGUCAUGUUUACGUACAGCGGGAGGAAGUGAGUCCACAUUUCUUUGCUCGCUGGCUGUUGUUUGCCUUUUUUUCACUUCUGAGUGUGUGCGGUGCCAUUUGUAGGUCAAGUCAGACCAGCACCACACUGACCUCUGUUCCCUAAAAUGUAGAUGUAGAGGUAGGAAAAACAAAUUCUUGGCUGUUUCAUUCAUUUUUAGUGCUUUUUAAGUGUACUGCUGUUAUCAG